AGCAGUGGAGGUCUCAGACACUGUGGAGGUGCUGUGCAGACACAGGACGUCUCCAGGGAGAGAGUGGAGCUGUGUGCCCAACACAAGAGCAGUAGAUAUGAAACUCCCCCUGCUCCUGUCCCUUCUCCUGCUGGGGAGAGUUGCUGCCCUUCAUCUGGAGAAUGAUGCAGCCCCUCUGGAGAGCCUGAACACACAGUCAGACUUGAGCCAACAUCUGGAAGGUUCAGGGGAGCAAGAGGGAGAGUUGGCGCUGCCUGACAAGGAGAUUCAGACAGAGGAGGACAUGGUCAAUGCUUCCGACCAUCCAGACAACCUUGAAGCUGAAGAGGAGGACUUGGAGUCAGAUGCAGCUGCCCUAGAGGAGGACUUGCAGUGCCCCCUGGAAGAGGACGUGGUUCACCACCCAGGCAACCCUAAGUGCAAGACCUGCCCCCGCUACCUGUUGGUGCGGAACGCCAAGACAUUUAAAAGGGCUCAGAACAUCUGUAGGUGGUGCUACCGGGGCAAUCUCGUCUCCAUCCACAGCUACAGAUUCAACUAUCGACUCCAGGUCUUGACCAGAAGGAUCAACCAAGGUCAGAUCUGGAUUGGAGGCACCAUCAGGGGCCGGUUCUCUUGCAAAAGAUUUCGCUGGACUGAUGGGAGCAGAUGGAAUUUUGGAUUCUGGGCUGCAGGACAGCCAAGGUCUGGGAAAGGCCACUGCAUAGCCAUGUGCACCAAAGGGGGCCGCUGGAGACGAGUUACGUGCAGGAGGCGCCUGCCCUUCAUCUGCUCCUUCUAAGCCGGGGCACAGAGAUGAUCCUGGACCCUCCUUCUCCCACCCUCCUGGCCGCUGCUGGCCACAGGACCACUCCCUCUGCCCCUCCUGCUCAUAAAUCCAAACGUCUCACAGCA